AUGAACAGAUCUCAGGGGCCAGUGUCAUUUGAGGAUGUGAGCAUGGGCUUCACUCAGGAGGAGUGGCAGCACCUAGACCCUGCUCAGAGGACCCUGUACAGGGACGUGAUGCUGGAGAACUAUAGCCACCUCAUCUCAGUGGGGUACUGUGUUAUCAAACCAGAGGCGAUUUUCAAAUUACAGCAAGGAGAAGAGCCAUGGAUGUUAGAGGAAGAGUCCCAAAGUCAGAGCCACCCAGACUUCUGCAUAGUUGACCUGAUGGAGAAGAGCCAGGAAAAGGAAGACCAGCGUUGGUGGAAAGUUGGUUUUGUCAACAACAAAACACCGACUAAAGAGAGAAAUAGUGUAUUAGGAAAAACAUUUUCUCUGGAUACAAACUUCAUUUUAUCAAGAAAAAUACCUGGUAAAUAUGACUCAUAUGGAAUGAAUUUGGAUUCUCUUUCAGAAUUAAUCAUUAGUAAUAGACACUCCUUUGUAAGGCAGCUUGAUGAGUUUAAUACACAUGGGAAAUUACUCCUCUGUACAAAGCACAGGAAUUCUCAUUCUAGAGAGAAAUCUUUAGAAUAUGAUAGAACUGGAAAAGCCAUCAGUCAAAAUGAGGACUUAUUUCAGCAUCAGGAUACUCAAACUCUGAAGAUUCCUUUUGAAUAUACUGAAUGUAGGAAAGCCUUCAAUGAGAGGGAAACUUUCAUUACCUAUAAGAGAGAAAGCUCAUGGGAGAAGCCCUAUGGAUGUAAUGAACAUGUCAAAGCCUUUUCUGAUAGACCAACAUUCAGUGUUCAUCAGGGAACUCAUACAAGGGAGAAUCACUAUGAAUUGAAUGACUGUGGGAGGUGGUCUCUUCAUGAGAAGUCAAUUUUAAAUAAGCACCAUGGAGUUAUCAUGGGGAAGAGAUAA